AUGCGUUUUGAAAAUAAAGUUGUGAUUAUAACCGGUGCAAAUACCAAUUUUGGUAAAGAAAUAUCAGUGCAGUUUAUUCUUGAAGGUGCAUCCGUAGUGUUAGUUGGCAAAAACGAAGACAAACUCAACAGUUUAAAGAGAAUUUGUGACGCCAAAAAAGAUGACGAUACGCAACCGGCGUUUGUCAUCAAAGCAGACUUGACUCAAGACGAUGAAGUUACAAAUGUAAUAAGUCAAACAAAACAGAAGUUUGGCAAGAUAAAUAUAUUGAUAAAUAACGCGGAGAUUGUGCGCGAAGGCAGACUUACUGAUGAUAGUGUUUUAGAUUCAUUUGAUGAUGUUAUGAGUAUUAAUCUACGCGCCGUUGUAGCCAUCACUACUUCUGCGGCACCACACCUUAUCAAGACGAAGGGAAAUAUAGUGAAUAUAUCCUCUGUUGGUGCUGAAAGAAUUUUAGGUAACAAUCACAUAGCUUACUUUAUUUCUAAAGCUGGGCUUAAUCAUUUUACAAGAGCAUGUGCUAUGGAAUUAGGAAAGAAAGGUGUCAGGGUGAACACAGUUAGUGUAGGAGCAACUUCAGGAAGCUAUAGUUAUAGUAAAAGCAUUGACACCCAUAUUGACCCUGAGGAAGUAGCCGAACUGGUUCUCCAUGCUGCUAGCAAAAAAUCUAAAGGAAUUACAGGUUCUAAUCUAGUCAAUGAUUGUGGAAAUUUAGUUGCAUAUGUUGACGACUGGAAAAACUAUUGA